AUGAAGUUCUCUAGUUGCCUAGCCAUUACACAGAACCUCUGCCAACCCUCUCUUACUUUGAGCAACACCAACAACAGCCACAUCGUUUCAUGUCAAAAUCGUUUCACUUUUAAGGAGAGGAGUUCAGGUUUCACUCUGAGCACCACGUUUUGGCCAAACAAUACUCAAUAUUUAGCGCACCAAAUAAAGGAUAGUAGAGGGAGCUUUGUGGUGGAAUGUGGAAGUUGGAGUUUGGUGAGAGAGUUGGAGAAAGAGUUGGAAGCUGAGAUGAAGACAGAAGAAUGUAAAGAGAAUGGAAUGGGAAGGUAUAAGCACAAAUGUAGAGAAGGGAAAGGGGUGGUGGAUAUGCUGGAGUGUUUGGAGAAGGAAGCUAUCAUGGGUGAAGAUGUGGGAAAAGACCCUAUGGAUUAUAACCGUAGGGCUCACAUAUUUGAUAGAAGCUCUAGAAUCUUCCAAGCUCUUAAAGAACUCAACGAUACAACCCAGUGA